AUGGCAUUCGAGACUGUUAUUGCCUUACUCAUCUAUAGUUUGGUCUUGUUUCCUAACAUCGACAAUUUUGUUGAUGUUAAUGCUAUGAGGAUCUUUCUAAUUAGGAAUUUGGUUCCAACUCUGCUCGGUGAUACUUAUUUCUCCAUUCAUUAUAGGAUUUCUAAAAGGGGUGGGACUAUUGUCUGCUAUGUGCAUUUACUGUACAAGUGGUUUAUUUCUCACUUGUUGCAGUCUCCUAUCUUCCAAAAAAACAAGGAUUGUUUAAGGUGGUCUCAAAGACUUAUGUCUCUCACCAAUGACGACAUUACUUGGUACUCUUCUAGUUACGAUGACGUCGAGAUUAUUGAUAGUUAUGGGGAGUUCUCUAAUGUGCCUCUUCUUGAUACACAGGGGGGAAUCAACUACAAUCCAACUUUGGCAAGACGUCAACUCGGGUUCGAUAUGAAGGAGAAACUUGAUAACAUUUUGUUAGAAGGUUUAUUUUUCCAAGAAGAGAAAGAUACUCAAGGGUUGAAAGCUAAAAUGAGUAAAAUGACCAUUCUCCGGCAUGGUAAACGGAAACAACAACCAUUUACAGCUGGAAGUUCAAUCCACGUAGCAGGAUCUGCUCAAAUACAACAUGACAAGCAAGAGCACAAACCAGAGAUAGAGAAGCCCAGAGAUAAUGUUUAUGUUAGUCCACAACUCAAACGCCCCCUACUACCUGCUAGUGUAGGACCGUUAGUAGAUGUCCUAGACAGGAUAAAAUCCAAUUUUGAAACAUCAUAG